UCAUUAUUUUCUUUAGUUUUUUUUUUUUUUCAUAUUAUUAAUUUUUUGCCGAUCAACUUUUACUGUAGUUCGAAACCCUAGCUUUUGUUUGGCAGUCGAGAAAAUUUAAAUUAUUGUAUUGUCUUAUGUGUUUUUCUUUUCUGUUCUAUUUAUUUUGAUGUGGAAAAGUGGAAUUCAAAUUGGUCAAUUAGUCGUACAGUUGACUUCAGAUUUUUUUUUUCGCCCUAUGGGAUCUCAUGAACUUGAAACAAAUUAAGCUCGAAAUUUGUUGCUUUUAGGUUUCUCGCAAUUCUUAGCAACUGGAAAGAGUUUUUUUCCCCUUCUGUUUAAAAUCUGCAUAUUUUUAAAGCCGUAUUGCUUGAUCAUUUUAGUUGAAUUCGAUUAUCAACAGAUGUAUUUGGAGAUCGAAUUUGUUGGUUUUAGGGUUUAUUUGUGUAAGGAAAUUCAAAUGUUAUCAGGAUAAAUAAUGUAUGGUUAAGAAGAUUGUUUUGUUUGGGCUACUUGAUUUUAUACAAAUUUGAAGAGGAUGAAGCAAUAGUUUUCAUGUGAUGCCAUCAACAUGCAGACAGAGUCACAGGUCUCCUUAGCCUCUGAGGCACAACAUAAUCAAGAAAAUAUUCCUAUUCAGGUAGGAGAUCCCAGUGUAGCGCUAUCCACCUCAAAUAAUAUUGUGCCAGAGCAACCUGCCAAAAAACCAACUCGACAAUGGGCUGCCUGGACACGUCAAGAGGAAGAGAGUUUCUUCACUGCAUUACGACAAGUUGGGAAGAAUUUUGAGAAGAUCACAUGUCGUGUGCAAAGUAAAAACAAGGAUCAGGUGAGACAUUAUUACUAUCGUCUUGUGAGGCGGAUGAACAAGCUUCUGGGUCCGGGAUUAUGUUUGGAUGCCAAAAACUCUAAAGAUACUAAUGCAGCAAUGCUUCGCUGGUGGUCUCUAUUGGAAAAGUAUAGCUGCAGAGCCUCAAAACUUCAUCUAAAACCUCGAAGAUUUAAAAUUUUUGUUGAAGCUUUGGAGCACCAACUCUUGAAAGACCGGAAGAAGAAUGUAAGAAAACGAACCUCUCAGGGGGAGAAUAGUUCACCUACAUCUCCCAAUAAUGUCACAAAUCAGAGUAGGGCUUCUGGACAUGAUGCUCGUACAGUCAAACUGGUUCUUGUAGACAGUCAAAACAUUCAAAAAUUAGGACCUGGAAAAAGUUCAUUCAAGCGUAAUAGCAAUGUGGGUAUCAAUCGUAGCAAUGGCAAAGGCGAGCCGAAUACCAUGAAACCUGCAAGGCAACGACGGAAACCAGGUGCCUUAUCAGCUGCGUAUAAAAAAUGGGAACAGGCUGCAAUUGCUGGGGUUUCUUUGGUCGCUGAUGCUGCUGAGCAUUUGGAGAGAACGAUUAAUGAUAAAGAAAUUGAGCAUGGACAAGAUACACCAGUCCCAGGGCAUAAAAUUCUUCACCCAGUUGAAAAUAAUCAACUUCCCUUGCCUACUUUCUCUCAAAAUCCUUUUGCUGAGAGCAACAUACAUGCUGCUGGGAAACUUAAGCUCCAACUCUUUCCAAUUGAUGACAUUACUAGAAGAGCCUUGGAAAUGGAUAAACACAAUCCACACUUGGAACUCACUCUUAGUAUUCGGAAGAAGAUAUCAUCAGUAUUGGAGCAUCUGAAUCGAAAAUGGGGCAACUCAAGUGUAGCAUCAGGAGAGCUUAUGCUUUUCCCUUAUUGUGUUCAAAGAGAAAACCUUAGGGGUUAUCAGAGCUGGACUCAAGCGUCCAUUGUCAGUGCAGCAGAUGUAUAUGCAACAAUUGGAAGGCCCCCACUAUUUCGCCUAAGGUAUGGUUGGUUUUCUGAUACUGAAGUUGCAUCUUUGACGUGGCAAGCACCUGUUUCUUCAUCCUACCUUCCAAGUGUGCAUAAUAUGAACGUUGAAAAUAGGAAAUGCUGUGUUGUGGAAGAAGUACGAGUAUCUGUCUCAUCUACCAGUGAUCUGUCUAAGAAACUUGAUGAUCCUUGCAAGAAUCAGCCAAUAUUACAGAAAGAAAAUAAUGCCCUUGAACCUCCUUUAACCGGUUUUCCCAAUGACAUGAGCACAUACCUUACCACUGGUCUUGAAGAUAAUCUUGGGGAUUCUCCUAUUCCUGCAAGAAAUGCAUCAUCAGAUAGAAGUGAGACUUGCAAUGUUCCUAUUAUGAGACGGUUGGAAGAUGCAGAUGAUCAGAGAUUGAACAAUAAUACUGCUGCAUUAUCUGCUGGAGAAUGGGCUGACAGUCUCACAAACAUAAGUGUUGGAGAUCUUCUUGCAGAAGUGCCUCAGGACUUGGAUGGUAACUGUGUUGACCGCCCUGUUGCAGACAGCUUGCAAUGUCUACAGCAGAUUCCAUUUAGCUGUGAUUCAUUUGACGCAGCUAUUGCUGCUCAUAUAUCUAGACAUCAAAACAAGAUGGAAAUUCCAUCAUUGGCAUUCCAUGUAUCUUCUAUCUGGGAUGCUGAAGAAACAUGUGAUGCCUUCUCAUUUCCAAAGAAUCCCAUUCCCUGUGCAGACAUUUGCAGAUUCUCCAGUGUUACUUCCCAAGCAGCCUGCAAACAGAUUGCAAGACCAAACUCAGUGGGAUCAAGCACUCCUACUAAGGCGUCACCUGAUCCAGAGGAGCCAAUGGAAAAUUCUGCUUGUGAAGACUUCACAGAUGAGUGUCCAUCUGAUCCACACAUCAUGGAUGCUACGGAAAAGGUUUUCAAUGGGCUGACUGACAUUUAUUGGCCUGACUCUUUAGGACCACUAGAUCUUGAUGUACCAUCUUGUAAGUAUCAUAGUGAAGACUUAAUUUUAGGUGACAGCCUUGGAGAUUUAAACCGUCUAAUAGCAAGUAGUCUGGAUGCUUUUCAAAAUUGCUCAUUUUUCGGGUCGGACAAGAAAGAAUCAACAUCAACAGUAGAAGCUCGGAACGCUGUCUCCUCAGCUUUUAAAAUUGGCAGUGAGGGUUGAAAUCUUAAUCAAGUUCGAUUUUAGUGAAGACACUAAUUGAGAGUAAAAGGUAUGUUUUUGGGAACUUUCGAGGCUUGACUAACAAGUUUAUCUGACCUGAAAGUGUUAAGAGACAGGCUGGUGCGAGCCAGGAGAAUUUUGGCUUUAUUAGAGAAUUUCUCUGAUGAACGAGCCUUGUCAACUUGUACAAAGCACUUCACUUCCUACACUUGUGGUGGCGGACUUCUGUCAGUUUGUAUCUUUCUUGUAUACUUGUUUAUAGUCUGACGAUUAACGAAGCAACUCAAAUAGACGACUCCAGAUCAGCCGUUCUAUAUAUUUUAUUUGACGUUCUUGGUUUUUGUUCAGUUGCUAUAUGUGUUAAUUGAAUGGAUUUUUUUGAGAAGAUUCAGCUUUCCUGCUUUUAAAAUUUGCAUUCAUAUAUCAGUGAGGCUGUAUUAAAGCCAUCUUAAUUCUUAACAACCUAAAGAAACAAAAACCAAAUAUUCCUUUAUGAUUUGAUGUCUUUCACUUGCAUUUAAUGAUGAAGUGAAUGUUAAUUAUUAAUUACUGGAUGCAUGAAUUGAAAAUGAAAUGAAUAGAAUCACACGACUGUGAAUUUUUAGGCUUCGGUCGGAUUUCAUCGCAGGUAGAGUCGGGGUUUUCAAGUGUGUUGUCUUUUUCGGUUUUCCGUCGAAAGGGGAAGGGUCUAGUAAUUGAUCUUAAGAUAGUCGUUUGCGUGAGAAAAUACU